UGUUUUAUAGGCUAUAGUUUACUCCAUCCAAAUAAGACUGUUCUGGGGGAAACGUGGGAAAUGCAACAAAUUAUAAAGUGCAGUGUGAAAUUUAAUAUAUGAUGUUAAACGUCUUAUUUAAACAGUGUACAUGUAGGUCUAGUACUUCCCCAACAUCUUCUACAUGGACUAGCAGGCAGGGCGUAGUUAUCCCCACAGACUGUACGUAGUCAGAUGAGAGGUCUGAGAAGCAUGUCGUCUUUGUCCGCCCUGAAAUGGAUUUAUAUUUGACAUCAGUUCUGUUAGUUUUUGUGUUGGUCCAAUGUGAAGCAGAAGUAAGAGUUAACCUAACAGCUGUUGUGGGAUCAUCUAUAACAUUUCCAGACCCAGUGAAGGAGAGAGGAUUUUUUUUAUAUGGAUCAAAGACCAUUGCUUCUGUUUACAAUGGAGUCUUUGAGAUUGAAGAAGACAUUUACACAAACAGACUUCACUGGAACAGCAGCACUGGACGCUUCACACUCUCAGAUCUACAGAAAAGUGAUUCUGGAGUUUACACCAUCGACUCUAAAAAAGGAAAUGUGUUUCUUAAAUAUUAUGAACUCAAACUUUAUAAGCCAUUGCCACUCCCAGUUGUGUCCCGUGUGAACGUGAGCGCUGACAGCUGCACUCUUCAGUGUUCAGUGAAUCUCACAGAGCAGACCACACUGAGCUGGUUCAGAGGAGAGCAGCGUGUGGACAGCAGCAGCUCUGCAGUGCUGCUCCUCACUGUGCAACUGCAGGAUAACACCUCAGAGCACAAAUGUGUGGCUCAAAACCUCGCUGAUGAGAAGAAUGUUAUAGUUAAUAUCACCAAAAAAUGUCAAUUUGUGGAGUCACAAUCAAAUGAGGAUGAGGGUAAUUCUGCUGCCAUUAUCAUUCCCAUUGUCCUUACUGCACUCAUCAUCCUGUGUUUUGUGAUCGUUGUUAUCAAGAAGAAGUGCACUCAAAAGGGAUCAACAUCAUCACAAAUACAAGGCAGCUUAUCCAGGGCCGGGUCACGGGGGCAGCAGCCUAAGCAGGGACUCCCAGACUUCCCUCACCCCAGACACGUCCUCCAGCUCCUCCGGGGGAAUCCCGAGGCGUUCCCAGGCCAGCCGAGAGACAUAGUCCCUCCAGCGUGUCCUGGGUCUUCCCCGGGGCCUCCUCCCGGUGGGACAUGCCGGGAACACCUCCCGAGGGAGGCGCCCAGGAGGCAUCCGGAACAGAUGCCCGAGCCUACUCAAGUGGCUCCUCUCGACGUGGAGGAGCAGCGGGUCUACUCCGAGAUCCUCCCGUGUGACUGAGCUCCUCACCCUAUCUCUAAGCGCCCAGCCCCAACUCAUUUCGAGCGCUUGUAUCCACGAUCUCAUCCUUUCGGUCACUACCCAGAGCUCAUGACCAUAGGUGAGAGUAGGAACGAAGACUGACCGGUAAAUCGAGAGCUUCGCCUUUUGGCUCAGCUCCCGCUUCACCGAUACAGCGACUGCAUCACUGCCGAAGCUGCACCGAUCCGCCUGUCAAUCUCACGUUCCGUCCUCCCCUCACUCGUGAACAAGACCCCGAAGAUGUCUAUAGUGAGGUGACAUUCCAUGUCCCCAGAGCUAGUCUCCAUGUCCGGAGAGCCGGUUGACCAGGCCCCCACCGUCGACUGCUGCCCAGAUCUCUCUGCACCGGCCCCAUAUGGAUCCUCCCGCAGGUGGUGGGCCCACGUGAGGACGGCCCCACGUCACUCCUUUGGGGUGAGCUCGGCCGGGCCCCAUGAGGGAAGGCCCGGCCACCAGGCGCUCUCUGGCGAGCACCCACCCCAGGCCUGGUUCCAGGGUGGGGCCCUGGUGACGCCAAUCCGGACGACGUAACUGGCCUCGUUGUCAUACAGGGCUUCUGAACCGUUCUUCGUCUGACCCGUCCCCCCGGACCUGUUUGCCUUGGGUGACCCUACCAGGGGCAUGAAGCCCGUGACAACAUAGCUCCCAGGAUCAUUCGGGCACUCAAACCCCUCCACCACGAUAAGGUGACGGUUCAAGGAGGGGAUAAACAUGCCUACUUUGAAUAUUAGUCUGACCCAUGAUUAUGUAAAAGACUAAACAAGUAGAAGGACUAGAUGAAAGGGAGUCAGAUAACAGGAAGAGACUGCAUAGGUGGAGUUAUUCUACAUUUAGCAGUACAAAUAACUCCUGUUAAAUAGCUAAACAGCAUUAUUUACCUGAAUUUAACUUUUCUUUUUCCAUUAUGCUACCCAGAUACCUGGCACCUGCUCAUUGUAACAUGGGCAGCUAUUUCAGUAGUCUGGGGAUUUCAUGCGUUCAUUGUGUUGUAUGUAAACGGAGAAUAAGGGCGCUGCUACGAAUAGAUAACACUCCUUUGUUGCUGGGUUUAGAGGGACUUUCCAUGAGAAUGUUUUAGUGGCUCUGGUGGGUGAACAGUUAAAUUGUUGCGAGUUUAUGGUUUGAAUCCCCUUCUCUACUGUAAUGUUAAUACAGUACGAAGGCAAAUUCAGAUUCAAGGAAAAUUAUUACAUUAAAUAAACUUAAAUUCAAUUAAAGUCAAUUCCUUUAUUGUCAUUGUCUUCUAAAAUAACAAAAUUAUGUUAAAGCAUCAUACAGACUGCAUAGUAUUUUAAAAGUGCAUAAUAGUGUAAAGCACCCCCCAUGACAAAUGACAACCACCACGUAAACAUUACACCCACUAUGUAAACAUUAGCAUACAGUAGUAGUAAUAUAUCAGUGCAGCAGCAAAGGGGCAUAUCAACAGAUCACAACAAAAGAACCAAAAGAACUGGGACAUCAAGGACAGGGGAGCAUCCAGUCAGAUGUUUUUUUUAAAUGUCCUGUUGCAGCAAUGCAAAAGUUCACAGUUAUUGUACAGGAUGGAUAUGGUUUACUCACCAUAGGAGAGGAGAGAAUGGGGCAGGGCACUGUUCAGCAGCCUCACUGCCUGAGGGUACAGACUGUGGGCCAGUCUAGAUAUUCUGGCACAUAUGGACCUGUACCUUCCUCUUGAGGGCAAAAGGUGGAACAGGUGGUGGGCAGGAUGGUGUUGGUCACGCAGGAUGUUAUGCACUCUCUUCUGACAGCAGGUGGUAUAGAUAAUAUUAAUCUCUGGAAGAGUGGUCCCAAUGAUUUUCCCCGGUUUUUACCAGCCACUGCAGUGCCUGCUGAUCAGCCUUAGUGCAGCUGGAGAACCACACUAGGAAUCCAUAUGUCAACACACUGCUGAUGGCACAGUUGUAAAAGUUCACCAUCAGCUGUUUUGAGAUACUCAGUUGGCUCAGGUAGUAGAGUCAUUGCUGGGCCUUUCCUACCGCUGAGGCAGUGUUAAUGCCCCAGGCCAGGUCCUCAGUCAGUUACCCCCAAGAAUCUAAAAUGUGUCACUCUUUUUACCACCUUGUUGUCAGUAGGGAGUGAAGGGUGAUUGUAUUGUCCUUUGCGGAAAUCCACAAUAAUCUCCUUCGUCUUCUUUGCAUUCAGUACCAGAUUGUUACUAACACACCAUGAUGCUAGAUGUUACACCUCAGUCCUGUAAUUCGUCCCACUGUUGCUGUUAAUGAGUCCGAGCACUAUGGUGUCGUUGGCAACAAUGAAUCUGGAAGGAAAAGAGGCAGAGCAAUCAUGGGUGAACAGAGUAUAGAGCAGAGGGCUGAGCACGUAUCCCACACAAACACACACAAACACAAACACACACCUUCAUCAUCGUCAUUAACCUGAGAACGCGCGGACCACGUUUCCUUCCGUAAUUACCAAGACUAAAACCGGGACUAACACAGUCCAGGACUAAACCAGGACUAAACCAGGUCUUAACCAGGACUAAACCAGGACUAACACCAGGACUAAAACCAGGAUUAACCCAUUCCAGGACUAAACUAGGACUAAAGUAGGACUAAAGCAGGUCUAAACCAGGACUAAAACAAGGACUAAAACCAGUGAUCUCAUAUAUAAAACAUUUCUCUAUCAAUAAUAUUUUUAAUAUGGUUAAGGAAAGACUGGAAUUUUUAUUGUCUUUAAGUAGACAAAAUUUAUGUUCAGAUUUCCUAGUCUUUGCUACUUUACAGCAAACAGUUUCUUAUUCAUGGAGACUUGGGCUCAACAGCCAAUUUGGAGAGAUUUGUUAAACAAUAAAUGACUUUGUAAAGUCACUUUUUUUGUUCUAUAUCAGUCUUUUGAUCUGCCACAAUAAUGUAAUAAUGAAUUUAAAUGAAAAUACCUCAAACUUGAAGGCUUUUCUCAGCAAUUUUUAGGUGAGAUUAAAAAGAGAUUAAUUAAAUUAAUUCAUUACAGAUCAUAAUUAAUUAAUCUCUCAAUUUUUUUAAUCGCAUAACAGCACUAAUUCUAACAAUGUUCUAUCAUCAUUAGUUACUCAAAGUUGCAUUAUGAUUAAUUCAUGUAUGUUUGAGUCUUCUGUAUUGUCCUGCAUUUGAAGCUUGGGUGCUCAUAAAAUGCACUUUUUUACAUACUCCCUAUCUCCAUGUGCUGCCCUGUUCUUACUAGCAUUUAUGUAAAACUGUCAGACUCACUGUCAUACGUGUUGGGUUAAAAAUGCUGCUUUUGUUGCAUGUAAAAGAGAAUUUACAUGUAAAUGAGAAUCAGCCUACAGCUUUUUCUGUGAUGCAUUCAGUUAUAGGGCUACAAUAUGGCAAUAAAAAUCCAAUGGUGAGAUAUUAAGGGAACUGUGAUCAAGCUACAGGAAAUUUUGAUAUGAGUUAUAUUAAAGAGGGAGUAUUAUGCAAAGUCCACUUUUUGGAACUUCCUACAAUAUUCCCUCCUCAAACACAGACGUAACAUGGUGAUCUAAAUAUGUCAUGUGUGUCAAGUAAUGCCCCAUAGAAGUGUAAUACUAUUUAAUUCUUUGGAAUAUCGCCCAGCCUUAUUUGAAUAAUGUUGACCCACCACAAAUAUUCAACCUUACUGCAAACAUGUUUUUAGUUGACACAAAAAAUAGAGACUGUUGACAAAAUAACACAAAAUAAACUGCCACCCUUAAAGAGCAAGAACAGCUUUCUCAGAUAUAGUUAAAUAUACAAAAAUGAUGAUAUAGUGAUACAGAAGCCUGAGGAAAUUAGACUUUGUUACAAAAUGAAAGUUACACAAUACUUCUGUAUUUCUAUAGUUAUUCAGAGAAAGACAGAAAGAGAAAGAGAUACUUUAUUGAUCCCAAGGGAAACAUUUACUCUGUGCUUUUUCACACCUCAGUGGUAUUGGUGACGUAGUUGGUCCCAGCCCUUUAGAGAUCUUUGUGUUUCAGAGUACUUGAGGUGACAGUAGCGGUCCUGGGUUUGAUUAUGAUUUUAUUUUAAUAGUCAUUAGUUACAAUUACUCUUAUUAAUUGUUUGCAGUUCUAUACCUCAGUACGCAUAAUACUGUUAAAGCAGGUUUACGGUCAAAAUGAGACCAGUGUGCUAUUUGCAUUUAAUUAUGGAGUGUUUAAUAGUCUGAAGUGCACUAUUAGCAUGCUUGUUAGCUUUACAGUGAUGUCAAAACUCCACUCUCGUCUCUGAAAGUUGUGAAAUGUACUUAUAAACUAAUAGUGGUAAAUAAUUAGGAUGCCCGGAAUGUGUUAGGAAACUGAAGAAUCAUUUUGAACUGCUGCAAACACCUUUAACAUCUCUCUGUUGGAUGGAUAUUUUAUCAGUGGGGACCUAAACUCUGUGAUUUUUCUGCUCAUCAGUAAAUAGUUGAGUCAUUUCCAGUCUCUCUCAUUGUUGGUGUGGUUCCUGUCUAUAGAAAUGAAUACAAGUUGCUUUAUUACUCAGUCUAACAUGUUUAUGACCAAGUUAGUAUCUCUGUCAUUCUGCCCAUGUUAUUUGACUCAUGCCUGUGUGAAUGUUUCAAUAACAUCAAUAACAGCAUGUAUAACAUACUGUAUUUCCUCUAGCUACUAACCUACUAAUGCACUAACCAACUUUCUAUUU